AUGGACAAAAUUUAUGCAGACCCUAACAUGGAAAAUGAUAAUACAGAGCACUUCAGAGGGAAGCGACUGUCCUCUAUUUUAAAGGCUCCACGAAAUCCUCUGGAUGAUCUGGGAAAUGGGAAUGAACUGACGCAGGAUAUCAAUAUAGAAAAACGGAGGAAAAACUCUCGCCGUGUCAGCUUUGCAAACACCAUAAACUGCAGAGUCUUCCACCAAGAUCUUAAGAAUAACACGUCAGAGACGGAAAGUACAGAGCGUGAAGCAGAUACGAGGAAUGAUAUCCUGCUUAAUCAAAAUGAAGCACUUGAAGCUGUUCCGUGUGAGAUCACUGGGAUGAACACUUUGCUUCAUGCUCCUAUCCAGGCAUCGGUGCAGCAGACUGAGUGGCAUGAUAGGCCUGACACCACCGUUAUCUUUUCAGAUGAAAAUGAAAUGGAUAUGACAUCUAGUCACACUGCAGUGAUUACACGUAACCUGCAAAACAAUCAAGCUGACAAAACUGAGAAAAUAGAUAUCGUCUCAUUUCUGGCUGGGUUAAACUCUAACAAUGAAAAGACAGAAAUGAGCAAAGAAUUUCAUUUUUUCUCUGACCCUACAAACCAUUCGUGCCCAUCUUUUGAACAGAAGGAAGAAGCUAUUCCCGUAAAAAAAAUAAAUUUCAAUGAAUUUUUGAUGAGCAUGAAGUCAAAUGAAAAGGUCCUCAAUCCUCCUGAGGGAUCUGAAAAAGAGAAUGUUUGUUUUGUCCCUUCGCAAGCCUCAGAAGGCCUGGCACGAUCGUCAGUAGAAUUUGUAUGUUCCCGUGAACCGCUGGACACCUGCAAUAUAACAAAAAUCUUUAGAGGGCAAGAUGAUGGAAUGGAAAUGACACAAUGCCAGGCGGCUGAGGUUAAAGCUAGGUUUUCUGGUAUUUGUGAAGCUCCACCAGAGCAGCUACUGCCUGUGGAUGUUACUGAGGCGUUCGUAGAUGAUGGAAUGGAUAUGACAACUAGUCACACUGCAAAAAUGUCUUGUCCCUUCCCCAGUCUUUAUACAGACAAAGCAAAUGUUGAAGACAGACGAGAUCCUACAGUGUUGCGAACUGUUGAACAAGAAGCCAGAACAACGUCUGCCAUCCCAGGUUCCAUUUCUUCCGAGACUGUCUUCCGAGGUGAGAAGACAGUGAUAUCCUUAGAAGAUAUGGACUUGACUAAAGCUUGUGUUGUCCAGGAUGAUGGAAAGAAUGUUGAAUCUGAAUCUCCUGCUGGAGCGUUCACCUCUGUCGCCUGCAAACCUCAUUUUCUUGGUAACAGAUCUACAUCUGCCAAUUUAAAUGAUCAGGAAGAAAUGGAAAUGACUAAAUGCCACGCUGUUGUCAUUGAUGAUCAACGCAAUAUGGAGAAGGAAAAUCUUGAGGUGAUCAAUAUCGAUGGGAAUAUUAAAAGAAGCCAGGCUAUAGAAAUGAAUACUAAAGGUCUUGAGAGGAUAGUGGUGGAUAAGAAGCUUGGAAAAGCAAACUUGCAGGCAAGUGGUCCAAGUUCCUGUGCAAACAGCAUGUGUUCAUUGCAAGAGCAAAAGAGAGAAGCCCCUGAGAAUAUUGUCACCGACACCUGUGCAUUCAUGUCUUUGCAAAGUCAAAAAGUUGUUAUAUCUCAGCCUUUGGAAAAAAACCUUCCAAACAUUUCUGUUUCCUGCGCAAAUGACAAAACGGGCAGGUUUUCCGGUGAUGAAAACAUGGACAUAACCAAAACUCAUCCUGCUGCGUUUGACAUUUCUCCUGCCAAUACAGUACAAGAAUAUGAGAAUAAUUGUAAUCAAAAUCAUGUGAUGUCCAAGCAGCUGCAAAGCCAGACCUUCCAGUUUUCGGGUGGUUCUGGUGUAGAUAUCACAGGUCAGACUGCAGCAAGAGAACGUGGGGAUUUGAAAAUUAACAUAGAUAAGCAAACCGUUACUCCUUUGGCUCCAAGUGGUUCAUUGGUUUCCAGUAAUGAGCCUGUUCCUUCUAGAAUGAAAGGAAAUGAGCAACUUGAAACAAUAUGGGGAAUAAAAGCCAAUUGCCAAACCUCGGACAGGCAAGGGGAAGCCUGUACUAUGAAGGGAGUAAACAAAAUGUUGUCAACUCGACGAGAUUCUGAGAGAGAUUUUUCCAUCGGUAAAACAGUUCCUUCAGAAGAGGACACUAAAAAUCCUCACCCAGUUGGUGGCCUGCACUUGAGGGGUCCUGAAGAGCCGGUACUGGCCAGUACGGCUGGACCACAUACGGGAAGAUCCCAAUUGCCUUCGUUUUUAGAAAAGUCAGUUGUGUUUCCCUCUGGUGAAAACAUGGACUUGACUGGAAACUGUGCAGUAAUGGUUCCUGAUCACAACAUCAAUGAAGUUUUAGCAGAAAGAAAAGCAGUGCCUGGAUACCUUGUUCAAGAUGAAAAUAAAGUAAUGUCCUUAAAAAAAGGGGUCACAGGGACAACUAGUAGUCAGGAGCAGCCUGUGUGCAACAUGUACUCCUCAGUAUCUGGCAAGAAAAUGUUAACCAUGACUGGUUUGAAACAUUUGCCUUUUCCAGAUGAGAAAACAAGGAUAUUUUCAGAUGAUGCUGAUAUGGACAUCACCAGAAGUCAUACAGUUUCAUCAGAGAACAAAGUAGUUUUGCAGUGUAAAAGUCCAAAUGAUGCCGUAUCCUUAAAUUCUGGAGAUAGAACUUGUGUUUUUACCUACAAUGAUGACAUGGAAAUCACUAGACUCGAUACUGUUGCGAUUGAUAAAUCUAUGGAGAAGGCUGCAUCUCAAGGGAUGCUGAACACAGCUAGACAGGCUGGAAGGAAAAGCUUGAAGGGAACAAGAGGGGAAAAGACUGUUUUAUUUUCAGUGAGCGAUGAGGAUAAUGACAUGGAGAUCACAGAGAGCCAUACGGCUGCUAUAGGCCAUGAAAUUGUCUCACAGAAUGAGGCAGGGAGUCAUUCUGUCUCUUCAGCUCAUCCUGUUAAAACUGUGAUGUUCACAAGUACCCAGGCUGACAUGGACGUUACCGAGUCUUGCUCUGCUGAUAAAACUACUGGAAAAGUUGUACGUGAUGAUAAACUGCAUGUGGAUCAGAAGGUUGGACAGCAAGCGCUUCCAAACAGUGAAGCUACUGUGUUUGCAAUGGAUGAUAUGGAAAUCACUAAAACCCAUAGUGCUGCUUUGGAAGAAAAUUCUCGGCAAGGUAGGCAACCCGCUCAGUCUGUUCCUUUAAAUUCCACAGUGAUGUUUACAAGCUACCAGGCUGACAUGGAAAUAACUGAGGCUCACUCUGUUGCUGAAAGUACUGAGAGAGACUUAGGUGAGGAGAGGUUAAAGCUGGCCAAGCAGGUUGGGCAGGAGGCUGUUUCAGAGAGCAAAACUGUCAUUUUUACUUUGGCUGAGGAUAUGGAGAUCACUAAAACUCACACAGCUGUAUUGAGAGGUAAAAUUGAUGUACAGGACAGAGAGUCUGUUCAAGCCAUUCCUGCAGUUCCUGCGGAUAAAACCGUUGUGUUUACUCACAGUCAAGGUGAUAUGGAAAUAACUGCGUCGCACACUACUGCUGUUAAUAACAAUAUGAGUGGAUUUGAGAACCAGGAAGUGUCACAUAAAAGCACUCAGCAGCCAGACUUGCAUAGUGCGUUGUUGUCUUCUUGCGGAGAUGAAAUAGAUUCUCAGCAUGCAGAAGACCUGAAUGGUGAAUAUCGUACAAAAUCAAGGGAUAAGCCCAGCGUUCCCUCCUCUGCUUCAUCAGCCUCGGCGUCUCCUAGUGAGAAAGGACCCGUCAAAGUCCCCAGUGGCACACCACCAGAUUCCAUUUAUUCCGCCUCACUUCCAAAAGAGACUAUGGAUGUGCAGGAACCACAGGGUCUUGACCUUCCCACGGAUAAUUCUGUCCCUGUAAACAGCGAGCAGGACCUCAUACCGCCAGAAAACCUGGAAUCGAAGAGAGUGUCUUUUAAGCUUCCAAGUGACAGUCCCAUGGUUUGCAGUGAGGAGAGUGGCGAUUUGGUAUCCUGUGUUUCACUUCCCAUCCAGCAGUCAGAUUCUUUGAAGGGUGCUCCAGGUGUACCUAGUACUCAGGGAACCCACGUUUUGAAAGAUGGUUCAUCUAGACACGAAGGCUUAGCAACAGAUUCAGGCUUGGCUGGAGCAAGCCUUGUUCCAGUUUCUAACAAGGAGUCAGAGGAAAAUGAGGGGCUGUCAGCUGAAGGUAACAGGAAGCCUAGCAGGCAGGAUUUCAGCCCUUCUCAGUUUAUAGCAGAAGAAUUUCUUCCUGUCUACUUAGAAGAAAUGGAUUCAAAUGAAUCUGUAAGCUCUGAACUCAUGGAAAAUGCUUGCAGUGAGAUAAGCAAAAAACAAAUCUUCCCCAAUGAAAAGAAUCAAUCUGAAGAGACAAAAACUUGCAAAAGCACAAAAAGAGCUUUGGGACAAGAUGAAGAGGAUCUCCAAAGUCCAAAGAAGCUGAAGAGGGAUGAAAACUUGGAUGGUGAGGCCUCCCAAGAUUUGCAGGUUACUUUUGGCGCUGUGUCUCAAAGCCAAGCAGAAGUUCAUGAAGGUGCAGAUCCUCCGUAUCUGUCGGCUAAAAGCUCUGACUGUACUCAUGCCAGCACCAGCACCAGCAGCUCUCUGGAUUCUGUUAAGGCAGACACAGAAUUAACAAGUGAGUUUUGUGUUCAGCGAACCAGUCAGGUGGAGUCUCGGCUUCUCACCGAUAGCAUUUGUGAAGAUAACUUACGGGAGAAAUUUGAGACUGGUGUUAUCACAGUUGGGGAGUUUCUUACACUUCUUCAAGUCCAUGUUCCCAUUCAGAAGCCCCGACGUAGUCAUCUUCCAGCCAAUUGUGCAGUCAGUACUCCACCCACUCCAGAAGACCUCAUGUACAGCCAAUACAUUUACCGCCCCAAGUUGCGGAUUUAUGAAGAAGAUUGCCAAGCCCUUUCUCAGAAGAUAGAUGAGUUAAAAGUGUACGUCGAUAUGCAGGAUCAGCUCCUGGUGAAUGUCAAUAGGAGUUUGUGGGAAGUGAUGAGAACCUGCUCUGAUGAAGAGCUGCAGAGCUUUGGAGCAGAACUGAACAAAAUGAAAUCCUGUUUCAGCAAGGAAAGUAAAAUCAUGGCUCACAACGAGAAAGCGACAUUGUACAGCAAAUUGCUGCAGAGCACGCAGGAACAACAGGAAAAGCUACAGUCAAGAAUGGAAAAGCUGGAUGAAUUAAUCAAGGAGGCAGAGAGCUGUCUGGUUUCUCUGGAAACAGAUUCCGACUGGGAAGACUGGGAAGCAGACAGCAAUGAUGAAAUAGCAGAAGGGAAAACCCUAAAGGAAGCACUGGAAAGUGUCCAAGCUGAAGAAGAGGAACUUCAAAGAGAAUUGUCAGACCUGGAGACUCAGAGUGAGCAGAUGCUCGCUGAGAUGAGCCAGCUACAGGAAGAAGAAAAAAACUGCUGGGAAAUCGUGGAGAGAUACAACUUCAUGGAGUGGGAGAUUACAGAAUGGAGUGAACAGCGGGCAGUCUUUAGUUUUCUUUAUGAUUCUAUUGAACUCACAGUUGUGUUUGGACCCCCAAUAGAUGGUGAUGUUUUUGGUGAAGAUCCUUCCAGAAAGAUAGUUAGCCUGGACUUUGAAUCUCUCUUGGAUGAGGAAAACGCUCCACCCUCCUCACGUUUAGUCCAAAGACUCAUCUUCCAGUUUAUUGAAAGUUGGGGAUGCUGGCAGGAGAAGUGUCCCACGCUGAACUACUUGCCCCAGGUUCUUCAUGACGUCUCUUCGGUGGUGAGUCGUUGCAAGGUCUUAGGAGAGGAGAUUGAAUUUCUGGAGAGAUGGGGUGGAAAAUUUAAUCUUCUGAAGGUGGAUAUCAAUGACACAAAAGUGAAGCUUUUGUUCUCCGCUUCCAUGGCCUUUGCCAAGUUUGAGCUGACGCUGUCACUAGCUGCCAACUACCCAUCUGCUCCACUGCCUUUCACUGUCCGGAAACAAAUCGGGAAUAUUGGGGAGGAGGAGAUUGCUGCUGUUCUCUCUAACGUACCAGUCGGUUACCACUAUCUGCGGAGAACA